AUGGCAAGCAAAAAUGACGGUGAUCAUAUAUUCGAAGAUUUGACCAUAGAAAUUCUUUCAAGACUGCCUCUGAAAUCAGUUUUGCGAUUUAAGUGUGUUUCAAAAUAUUGGUACUCUCUCAUUAGAAGUUGUACAUUCAUUAACAAGCACCUCCAACGUCAUGGCAACAAUGCUCGUCUCCUUGUUAAGCAUUACAAUUACAACACUGCAGCAUACGCUUUUGCAUUGUUCCCGGAUGAAACACUUGCUGGCUUUCCCCUUGUAUAUUAUGACGUUGAUAAUGUUCAGCUGCCCCACGAACCACGUAUUUUCGGUUACUGUGAUGGCAUACUUUGUCUUUGGGAUUUGGAUCGCAUGGCUCUAUGGAAUCCUGCUACAAGAGAAUUCACCUUUAUCCCAAUGCCACAACCCAACGUUCCAGACAAUUUUUGCACUUGGCCUAACUUUGGAUUUGGGUUGGACCCUACAACCAAUGAUUACAAGCUGGUUUGGAUUCGAAGAUAUUUUGAUUACGAAAAAGAUUACCAAUAUGCUUCUGCAAUUAUUUCUGUAUACUACCUAUCUACUAAUUCUUGGAGACUUUUUGAAGUUGAUUUAUCUUGGGUUCAUUACGUGCAUCUUUCUUCAUGUAGCACAUGCUUGAAUGGACGAUAUCAUUGGCUGACUAGUGAUCGUGAUCGGACUGAUACUCAGGAUUUCUGUUAUGAUGCGAUUAUUUAUUUUGAUUUUAGUAACGAAGUGUUUGGAGAGAUACCAGGACCUCAGGAUAUUCCCGUAUCAAAAUUGGGGAAUCUCAUUAUAUACAAUGAUUCUAUUUCUAUGACUUGUUUUUAUCCACAUGAUCCUGAGAUAUACGUUGACUUAUGGGUGAUGAAGAAGGAGGGGUGUUGGACCAAAGAUUUAACUAUCGGACCCCUUGUAGAUGUUGAAAGGGCACUUGGGUUUUGGAAAAAUGGAGAGCUUUUCGUAGAAACCAGAAGCAAUUCAGAGUUGGUUUUGUACAACCCUAAUACUAAAGAAAUUAAAAAUCUUGAACAUCGCGGACGGUACCUCGACCUUGAGCUUUUUAUGUACAAGGAGAGUCUCGUUUCAUUCAAGGGAGAAAAUGAAUGCCCAAAAGGACAUAAUGUGUCGAGUACAGCUCGGGUUCAAGAUUUUUUCACAUCUGAUCCUACUCUCGUAAUAUGGGGUGAUCAGAUAGCCCAAAAUUGA